CGUCGAUGACAUGUGGGUUCCGGUUGAAACCGCCCCUCCCCCUAAUGCGCAUGAACUCCACUCCCUCUCCCCUCCUUCGCCCACAUUACUUCUCCGUUUCGCGCACCGCGACUCGCAUUCGCCAUUGCUCUCCCUCUCCUCCGAGUAUCUUCUCCAUCCAUGGCGUUUCCGGGCGGCGGCGCCGUCUGGUUCUCGGCGGGCGGCGGCUGGUUCGCAGGGCACAAUACUGGGGAAGCGCAAAGGAGAUGGUGAUGACAUUGAUGAAAUUCCUUCGAAAAAGCCGAAGUGCCCUCCCCCGCCUCCGCGGAACAGGGCCUCACCUAGUUCUCUUUUGCUUGCCUGCAAAGAUAUGCCUCAAGACAGGCAAGAUGCCAUUGAUGAGAUGGACUUCACAAGCCUUCAGAACAUCAAGUGCGGCCAUCUUUCCAACGGUCUCAAUGUGUGGCUUGCCGGGUUGGACGACCUUGAAUCCCGUGAGGUGGUCGUUCCAGGGCGGGGCAGGCUUCCUGUUAAAGAAGAAUAUGUCCAUCGUGUGAUGGGCGUGCCACGUGGAGGGAAGGAUAUUCCUUACAACAUUCCUACUAAAGCUGAUAUCAAGUUAGGGCUUGAUAUGUUUGGUGAAUUUGGAUAUACCCAUAAAAUGACAGAGCUUCUCGAUCUCAUCACGAGUUCUGACAACUCUGACACCAAUUUCAAGCGGAUGUGGCUUAUGCUUGCGGGCAAUACUGUCAUCGCCCCGACAACAUCCAAGAAGGUCAACCCCAGGUGGUAUGUUGUGUUGCGAAACAUUGACGAUGUUAAAAAUCUGAACUGGUCCAAGUUCAUCGCUGAUGAACCUCACAAGGCUGUUUCAAAAGGCAAGCCUACCAAGGGUUGUAUUCUUUUCUACAAUGUUAGUGCUACCGCUUUCCUUUGCUUUCCUUUUGUCAUUUUAUUUUUCACAUUUCUUUGUUGUUGUUUGUGUGUAUCCUGAUGCUGAUAUCAUUCUUAUCAGCUCCUGUACAUUCAUGCGAUUGAUCUUUCUGGUCUUGGUAUCGUAUUGCCUGUUGGGCCUUUUCCUAUCAA